CAAGAACAUGGGCUCCUCAGUAAGCCGUGAGCAAAGUAGGAUCGAUACUAAGCUAUACAAAUGGUCGAGUGAAGAAUUCCACGAGGAAUGUGCUCUCAUGUACACUUCGACCGGUCGUUUAUUAGCACCAAGAUCUCGCACUUCUUAUUAUAGAGUGAACCCCAACAAGUUGAUUCUUACGUUCGAUAAUCACUUGAUCCUAUCCAAUCGUGUCAGAGUAAAUAUGGAGUUCAAAGCUGUAAGAGAUAGCAAUGGGCUUUACAAGUUUGGUGCUGUUAAACUCAAAGAUUCAGGUGAUGUUCUCAGCGAGCGAAGUCUAGGAACAAGCGAAUCCAAGGUAUUGCUGCAGAUGACUAUUUUAUGCUUACCAUAGCCAUUAACUGUGAUCCUUCGGAAGGCAUGUGAAACUUUCAGGUCCGUAUCGUUAUUACUCAGGAGAGAAGGUGUUAUGUGAUACAGAUUCUAUAUCAGUAUGGCUCCAGAUGAUGUUAUAGAAAUUGCAGAAAAAAUUCGCAAAGGAUUGAAGCCAAGAGUUGUAAAAACCAAGAGAACAGACAGUGUUGGGGUUCCUGGAGGCCCAUUACCAAAAAA